GCCUUUGCAUGCUCGAAGAGUAGAGUAACUAGACGAUCUUCGAAUACUGUCAAUCUGCUCUGUGGGCUAGCUGAACUUUUCUCUGAUUUAUCAUGGCUGAUCCUGAACUAGAGGAAAUUCGAGCCCGUAGAAUGGCUGAGAUGCAGCAACAGAUGGGAGGAAAAAAUAGGAACGAUGAAGAGAAAAUUAGGCAGCAGCAAGAAGAGAGAACAAACAGUAUUUUGUCACAAAUAUUAACACAAGGUGCACGUGCAAGAUUAAAUAGUAUUGCAAUGGUCAAACCAGAAAAAGGGAAGAUGGUAGAGAGUUUAUUAAUACGAAUGGCCACAACAGGACAAAUUCCAGGAAAGGUGGAUGAAAAUCAAUUGAAAGACUUACUUUCUCAGGUCAGUUCACAGACAGAAAGGAAGACAACAGUCAAGUUUGAUAGGCGAAGACUUAACUUGGAUGAUGACGAUGAUGAUUACUGAAGUAGUUAAGGUUUUAAUUUAAUGUACAAGUCACAACCAUUUUAACAAGUUUAUUCCCAGCCGCAGCAUUUAAUCACAAUUAUGUGUAUAAUUUGAAAUUAUAGAGCACACCUUAAGACAGGCAGCAAUGAAGUAUACAAUGUUACUGUAGGCUUUCAUUAUGCAAGUUUAUGGUUCACUGGCAUCAUCAGUUUAUGCCUCCUUUAUGGAGAACUACUGUUUAUGUGUAGGUGCAAUAUGCUUUUGAUCUUUACAAUACUCACCUAACUUGACUCCACCUGGCAAUGGAAAAAUGACUGGUGCUUUGGUUGAGCUAAAAAGCACAUUAUUAAUGAAAAUGCACUUGGUUGAGCUAAGUGUGCCAUCAGAAAACAUGAUAGAUGCACUUGGUGCAAGCUUAAUAUGCAUGCUAUUAAACAACAUAGAGAACCAGUGCUUGGGUUAGGCUAAUAAGCAUGCUAUCAAACAACAUAGACAACCAGUGCUUGGGUUAGGCUAAUAAGCAUGCUAUCAAACAACAUAGACAACCAGUGCUUGGGUUAGGCUAAUAAGCAAGCUAUUAAACAACAUAGACAACCAGUGCUUGGGUUAGGCUAAUAAGCAUGCUAUCAAACAACAAAGACAACCAGUGCUUGGGUUAGGCUAAUAAGCAUGCUAUCAAACAACAUAGACAACCAGUGCUUGGGUUAGGCUAGUAAGCAUGCUAUCAACAACAUAUACAACCAGUGCUUGGGUUACUCUUAUAGGCAUGCUAUCAAACAACACAGACAAAGAGUGCUGGAGUUAGGCAUAUAAGCAUGCUAUCAUAUUAGUUCAUUUUAUGGUAGUACUAGCAUGACAAUGGUUUUGAUAAAGGCCAAGUCCCAAGUUGGACGUCAGGCAAUGUAACUCCAGUUUUACAGGCCUUUACUUAGCUGGUGUUUUUUUUAUAUUCACUACGUGCUUGAAAUGAAACCUACAUUAUGAGGGGUUAAAUAUUGUUUCUUUUGUAUUAUUUUGUACUGUCGUAUAGAAGGCCAAAUUUUCUUAAUAUGUAAAAACUUUAUAAAUCCUACAAAUGAGUAUCAAGGAAUUGAAGAUGAUUUCUUGAUGAUUAUCAGUUAAAGAUGUUAUUGUUUUAUACAUUAAUGCAUUUGCAGUGGAAAAUAAAAUAACUAAAGCAGUAGAUAA